UAGUAUUACGGCUGAGAGUGAAGGGUGUCUGGCGUUGAAGAAGAUGAAGUAAUACUUGCUUGAUAUAAGCAAUGCAUAUUAAUGUGGUAUUGAUGUUCAAGAAUCCUGGGUGGAAGAAAUUGAUGCAGUUUGUAUAAAAUCAAUGAUGUCUUCUGGGUUAACUUACAGUCCCUUGAGUUAUAGCCUAGGAUUGCCUGGGUUGAGAUCACACAAGAAACAAUUUGUGUGCCUUCAUGAUUUUGGAAGAUCCGAGGAUUUGCUAUUUUCUCAAAGGUAUAAUUCACAUGCAUUAGCUUGGAGAUAUAAAAAACGUGAUCUUUCUCUCAAGUGUGCAAUGGAUGCUUCCUUUCAAGAUGCUACUAAUGAUUCAAGUGCUGUCUUUCCUAGAAUCAAUGUGAAGGACCCUUACAAGCGGCUAGGAAUCAGUAAGGAAGCAUCUGAAGAUGAAAUUCAAGCUGCCAGAAACUUUCUAAUACAAACAUAUGGGGGACACAAGCCCAGCGUGGAUGCAAUUGAAUCAGCGCAUGAUAAAAUUAUAAUGCAAAAAUUCUAUCAAAGGAAAAAUCCUAAAAUCAACAUCAAGAAAAAGGUCAGAGAAAUAACAGAGUCUCGCUACAUGCAGGCUGUAGCAAGCAGGUUCAUGACCCCAUCAUCAAAUGUCCUUGUGAAGACUUCUGUUGCUUUCAUAACACUUGGAGUACUCACCGUACUCUUUCCAACGGAAGAAGGCCCAACACUUCAAGUUGCCAUUUCCUUGAUUGCCACAGUGUAUUUCAUUUAUGAACGCUUGAAGAGCAAAUUGCUGGCUUUUCUCUAUGGGGCUGGGAGUUUUGCUAUUGCAUGGCUUCUAGGAACGUUUUUUAUGGUUUCUGUGAUACCGACCAUACUCAAAGGGCCUAGAAGUUUGGAAGUAACCACCUCUUUGCUAAGUUAUAUUAUCCUCUGGGUUUCUUCAACUUAUCUCCGAUAGCCAACGGUCAUUUGCAUCCCAGUUUAGCUAGAUAAAUUGUAGCUGCUUCUGGAUGCAAUGGAAAAGAUUCGAGUGCUUCAUACCACUCUGGUGCUGUGCUUUCUGUUUCCAGUCAACAGUGGACAUUGAAGAAGAGCCGGACAAAUGUUGAUACUUAUCUAAGAGAAGAUGGUAUUAGUCGAAAAUUGUCCACUCAAAUUUUGAGGACGGAUUAUUGGCUACAUGGCAACUCUUCUGAAGUGUUUGUGAUAUGUUUGGGGUGGUUUGCUUAAAAUUUUGAGAUUAUUGUUACUCCUGUCAGUAUUGAAGUUUCACUGCUUGUUGAAAUCGUGUUUCAAUGAUGGACUUGUUGGCACUGAAGAUGCCUAAGCUAUAUUGGAACUGGAGUAGCUGCUGCUGCUGCUUUCUUCAUUGUAGUUAAUAUUUUGAUUGGCAAAAUUUGGUCUGGCAUUUUCUCUGCUGCUCAUUGCACCUCAAAUGUGUCCAACUGAUUUGAGUGGCAAGCAUUGCUUAUGAGUUGGGACAUGCUACAGGUCGGCGUCAGCUUCAAGUGCUGGCUUGAUGUCACAGCCUAAGAUUUUCUACGGCCAGCCUCUUCCUCCUGUCCUGUGCUUGGGACUUGACGAAGAAACGGACGAGGAACCAGAGCGAGUAGUGUGUGGCUUUAAUUUUAGGCGGGUGGAUGUUUAUGGUCAGUAUUGCCCAGCAAUUGUCACCUACCCACGGCAGGAAAUAAGUUCACAUUACUACUCUUGCCGGUAGGAAAUAUGUGUAUGUUUCUAUGAUACAAAUUUCUUAAUAUAUAUAUAUAUAUACACAUUUACAAAGUAUCACAUUAAAUAUUAUUUUAAUACAAAAAAAUAAGGGAUGCAAGACUAGUACGUACGUAGGCAGGCAGGCAGGCAGAGAUUGAGUUUGAUUUUCCGCAAGCAAGCGCGCACACAUGUAUCCGUAUAUAACUUAUAUGAUAAUAUUACGCUUCAUUAGCUUUACAGUAAAUCGUAGUUAGGCCUGGCAGGCAGGCAGGCAGUCUGGGGUAUCCAUUAAGCAACAUUUACAAUUGGGAUUGAUUCUGCCCAGAAUUUGACUCAUUCGUUCAGGCUGCUGUGGACCAUGAUUCGCGAUGCGAUUACACCAUUUUUAAAUUAAAUAUAUAUAUAUAUAUAUAUAUUAGAAGAAAUGUUCUUGGCAAUUUUUAUUUAUUUUUUGUUUCAGGAUUAUUACCCUUUUGCCUUUGGUGCGCAUUUGGCCAUGUCAGCAAGUUAUCGUCCCAUGUGUCAGAUCGUAAUUGGCUGGUGAUUCACAGCCUUAAAACAUAUAUCUCCCCCCUCCCCGGGUGAGGGCUAUAUAAUAGCUGUGCCCGUAUCAUGGCAUUUCGCUCGCAGCAAGAUUGAUUUUGUGGGGAGGGGAUUGAUCCAACCAAGGCUACUUGGAGAGAGAUCA